AUGUGGCAGGAAAAUAUCACUCAUGUCUCUGAAUUCAUCCUGGUGGGCUUCCCUACUUCCCCUGGGCUGCAAGUUCUGCUCUUCGUCCUCUUUCUCACCACCUACCUGUUGGUGCUGUUGGAGAAUUUAGUCAUUAUUCUCACUGUCUGGGUCACUGGGCCCCUGCACAAGCCCAUGUACUAUUUUCUGAGCACCAUGUCCUUUCUGGAGAUCUGGUAUAUAUCCGUCACUGUCCCCAAGAUGCUGGCGGGAUUCCUACUUUGUCCCAACACCAUCUCCUUCCUCGGAUGCAUGACCCAGCUCUAUUUCUUCAUGUCACUCGCCUGUACUGAGUGUGUGCUCUUGGCCGCCAUGGCCUAUGACCGUUACGUGGCCAUAUGUUGGCCUCUCCGCUAUCCAGUCAUGAUGACCACAGGAUUUUGUGCUCAGCUGACCAUCGGUUCCUGGGUGAGUGGCUUCACCGUCUCCAUGGCAAAGGUAUACUUCAUCUCCCAAGUUGCCCUCUGUGGCAGUAAUAUCUUGAACCAUUUUUUCUGUGACGUCUCCCCCAUCCUCAAACUGGCCUGCAUGGACUCUUCUGUGGCUGAGACGGUGGACUUUGUGCUGGCCAUCGUCAUCCUCGUGUCUCCUCUCUCAGCCACGGUCCUUUCCUAUGGCUGCAUCGUCUCUGCCGUCCUGCACAUGCCUUCAGCAGCUGGGCAACGGAAGGCCUUCUCCACCUGCGCCUCCCACCUUGCCGUGGUGGUCAUCUUCUACACAGCUGUGAUCUUCAUGUAUGUCCGGCCUCGGGCCAUUGCUUCAUUUGAUUCUAACAAAUUCAUCUCCGCCAUAUAUGCAGUCUUGACUCCCAUGCUCAACCCCAUCAUCUACUGUCUGAGGAACAAGGAGGUCAAAGGUGCCAUCAGAAAAACCAUGGCAAGUGGCCGAGCCCUUUUCUUGAGAGAUUCUCUUUGCUGA